UGGCAGGUUGAAUUUGUACUUGUAUGCAAGCCUCACUUGAAAUAUAAGAAAAAUGAGAAGAAGAAAAAAAAGAACCUCAAUUGAAAUAGUUCAAAUAAUCUGGCCGUCAUGGGCAUGGCCUAACAUAUAGAAUGUGAACCUCCUCCUUGACAUGCUGUGCACAGCAGGUUGCAUGAAUUCUUAACACUAAAUCAUCUGAGCGUUGGUCCUCCUGAGGGUACCAAAUACCAAUGCACCACAUCCACAUGCCACUUUGUAGUUUGCAGACAAUGCACCAUGCAUUUUUCUUCUUGUAAUUUGAUCUUUUUUAUUUAUUUAUUAAUUAUUUUAUAAUAAUAAUAUUGUGGUUUGGGAGCAGUGGAAGAUCCAACUUUUCUGCCGUGAAAGUCUGGCUUUGACACAUAUAGCUCAUGAAUCAAAUUCCGAGAAAAUUUUGGACAUAAAAAAACUGUUCGUAGAAUAUGCAUAACGAAGAAAAAACUGGAACCUUACAUUUUGAUCUAAACACGGGAGCUAAGAUUCCAUCUGUUGGCCUUGGAACAUGGAAGGCUGAACCGGGUGUGGUCGGCCAAGCUGUCAUCGCUGCUGUCAAGAAUGGCUACAGGCAUAUUGACUGUGCAUCAAUCUACGGUAACGAAAAAGAGGUAGGGGUGGCAUUGAAGGAAUUAUUUUCCACUGGGGUGGUGCAGCGUAGUGAACUCUUUAUCACAUCAAAGCUGUGGUGCAGCGACCAUGCCCCUGCAGAUGUCUCCAAGGCACUGAGCAAGACCCUAGAAGACCUGCAGCUUGACUACAUUGAUCUAUAUCUUAUACACUGGCCGCUUCGUACAAAGCCGGGCUCAGUGGGUUUGGCUCCGGAAAACAUGGCUCCAUUGUGCCUUUCAGAGACAUGGAAUGCAAUGGAGGGCCUGUAUGCAUCUGGUCAGGCACGUGCGAUUGGGGUGAGCAACUUCUCAUCUAAGAAGCUGCAAGACCUCCUUUCUUAUGCAAAAGUUCCACCUGCAGUCAACCAAGUGGAGUGCCACCCUGUGUGGCAACAACCUGCUCUUCACAAUUUGUGCAAAUCCGCUGGUGUUCAUCUAUCGGCGUAUUCUCCUCUGGGUUCUCCGGGCUCUUGGGUGAAGGGGGAGGUCCUGAAGGAACCAAUAUUGAAUGAAAUCGCUGAAAAACUUAAGAAGUCGCCUGCGCAAGUAUGUCUUCGUUGGGGUAUUCAGAGUGGACACAGUGUCCUUCCAAAGAGCGUAAACGAAAAUAGGAUCAAGGAAAAUCUGAGUUUAUUUGACUGGUCCAUUCCCCCAGAGCUCUUCUCAAAAAUUUCAGGCAUCCACCAGCAAAGGCUCCUCCGGGGUGAUUUUGCAAUCCACGAGACGGCUAGUCCUUAUAAAAGUCUUCAAGAACUGUGGGAUGGUGAAAUAUGAGACGGUGAUCAAGCCCUCUUUUAUUCAAUUUGAUACAGAGAAGUUUGUCGAUUUUCAUGCGUUCUCUGCCACAUUUUAGAGGGAAGAAAUUGUAUUCUUGUGUUUUUGGCUUUCUUAAACCAGUAUCAAUGAACCUUGUAAGAUUACUGUCUGCUUUUA